AUGGAAGAGACGAAAGACGCAACGAGAAAUGAAAACAGAAUUAGUAGAGUGAUCUGGAUAAGUAUAUUUUUCUUGGGUCUUUUACAAACUCUGGGAAGAGUAACGUUCUUUGCUGCUUUUACUGGUGCCAUGAUCAACUUGGUUCCAUCCAUGACCUUUAUUUUAGCAAUCUUGUUCAGAAUGGAGAAAUUAGACAUUGCUAAGAUGAGUAGCCAAGCACAGAUUGGGGGAACUGCAGUUGCAUUCGGUGGUGCCACAAUCAUGACCCUAUACAAGGGUAUUAUUACUGUUGUUUCAUUUCAUAAUCACCACCAUGCUCAUCAUCAACUUCCAAAGUCAGAAGUACUGCCAGGGAAAGAUUACUUGAAGGGCUCCCUUAUCCUUGUAGUUCAUUGCCUUCCCCACUGCAGCAUUUGUCAUCUUACAGUUAAUUGGGCAAACAUAUGA